AUGUUGAUAAUAUUCAUCGUAUUUAUAUUUUUAUUUCAACAAAUAUUUUGUUUAACAUAUGAAUCUUGUUGUUCAUCUGAUGAUAUUUAUUCAAGAAAUACAACAAUAACUACAACAUUAUCAUGUUUAAAAAAUGAUGUAUUAAAACUACAUUCGGUGAAUCAUUAUUAUGGAAAUGGUUGUUCUCGAAGUAAUUGUAAACGUCGUUCAAUAAAAUAUUAUUUAAUGUGUAAUAAUUUAAAAAUGUGUAAAAUAUCGAUUAAAUGUGUCUAUAUGGAUGAUCAAUUUUGUCCCGGAUUAAAACUAAAACCAAAUACACUUGCCGAACAUAUUAGUAUUGAUUAUGAUUGUAUUUCAACUGAAAUUGAACCGCCAUUAAUUGCUCUCAAUCGUCAUAUGACAGAAAACAGUAUUGCACUAAAUUAUUAUAAACCUGUACGUUCUUCAUCCAUAGACGAAUUAGUGAAUAAUACUACAACAAUUCCUAUAACAACAAUUAACACUGAAGAAUUUAAUCAUUAUAAUGAAAAAGUUUGGAAUGAGUAUAUAAUUAAAAAUUAUUUAACAAAACAGCGUUCAGUGAUGUUAAAUGGUGAACAGCAACAACAACAACAACGAUCUCUCGUAACUGAUGUAUUAUGGAUUGUCAUUAUUCUAAUUAUAUUCGCAUUUGUUCUAAUCAUCUGUAUGCUUAUCGGACUUUUAGUUUAUAAAAGAAUUUUAUUAUUAAAUAACAAAAAGAAAUGUUUAUUACUCAAUCAUCAAUAUCAUUCAUUUUCACCAGGUGACAAUAUGUAUGACAAUUUAAACGGGACAAUGAAAGUGAACGUCAAUGGAACGACGACUGAUGUGUGA